AUGGGUCAGACUUCUUCACAGCUGCUUGCGUCAACACAUCACGCCGAGGACACACGACCAUCACGAACAGAAAUGCAAUACAGCAGGGCCGGGUCACCCCUAGAGUCUGAGAUCAAUGUCAUGAAUCCACGGUCAAAGUCGAUCAUUGGGACAAGCCCGAUGAUGUCGCCAAAGACGACACAGAAGCGCAAGCGAGAUGAUGAGCAUGGCGCAAAAGACGUAGAUGUGCCGAAGAAGAAGAAGAUGCGCAAGAUCAGGAAGGGAAGUGGGCGACCCAGAGAUCCUUCGUUGCUAAAGAAGUCGGUAACGACGGCGGAUGGUGUGCAGCAGAGCGAUGGCGUGGGCCUUGAGGUCCACACAAACGUCGAGCAGGGACUAAGCCGACCCGAUCUGGGAGGCACGAACGCCGACGUUGUCAACAAGAACGUAGAAGCGCGCAUCGAAGAUACAAUGGUGCGAGUGAAUGUGCGACCCUGGGAAGUCGAAGAAAAGCACGAUCUCAAGAAGGCCAAGAAGAGGCGUGAGAAGAAGGACGGUACCCAAGCUGAGCAGAGUGCGCACCCAGAUGGACAUCGAAUCAGCCUUGUCGGUCAGCGUGGUCCACGCAGCCGGAGACAGAGCAGAGCCGGUUCAUUUUCGAGACCCAAUGAUUCCGAACGCUAUCGGCCCAGCAACGACCCAGCAGCGCAACUCAGCAGCGGGGAUAUCUAUGGCGACGGCCAACAGCUCGCGGUUUCAUGUGUCGACCCUGAUAUGCAGAAGAAUCUCCCAGAGCCACAUGCAGCAGUCGAUCCACCUGUGGUCAACAGAUACGACACCGGGAACCACGAGGAGAACAUAGCCUCAGCGGACGAAGUGCUUGCUGAGCUGGAAAUGCUAAUAAAGGAGCUCAGGCACCUCACCCGCAAGAAGAUCCCAGACAAGCAUGUGAGACUAUCUUUGAUGCACCGCUCGUUGACGUGUAUUGGCGACUACUUGUACACCUGGCUGGCGCAAGACGAUGAUAUGAUCAGUCACAUCUGGGAACAAAUUGCACAGACAGCGUGGCCGCGGCAUAACGGACCUCAGACAACUGGAGAAUCCUUGCUUCGUGUCUACCGCGAACAGACUAAGGAUGACGAGGGAUUGCGGGUUCGAAGAACGCCACAAGGCGAAGGUGAUCGUGUCGCCAAAUUGAUCCGCGAGGAAAUAGAGCAGCAUGAAAGGCCACCCAGUGGAUCACCUGCGGUGUUGCCUCAAGCUGUCCCGUCUCUAAUCCCUCAAUGCCCCGCAACGGAUAUGCGCGUGGUAGAGCCAAGACCUGCGAUGACACCGCCGGGAUCCAACCCGAAGGAUAACACGCUAAGAGAGCCUUCUGGAUCAUUCAACGAAGGAGUACGUGGAGUCGCUGGAUGGGUCGAGGCACACGACGAGGGCGCUGCUGAUCCCAACAUUGCUUCUCCCCGCCGUGAGCGGGCUCAGAAGACAGCACCGCCAGAUAAUAAACCUGCUGUUGUCGACCUCAAUAUCGGACGCGCGUUACCGGUCACGUUACCGCACCCUCUCGAGAGUGGGCCAAGCUCAGGGCUGUUCUCGGCUGCUGAGAAAGCAGUUGCGGACGAUGUGUUCGACUACGUCUGUCAGCGAAACCAGUUCGAUCUGUUCGAAUUCCGGGCCUCGACGAUCGAUUGGCGUAAUGUGGCGCCAGAGUUCAAGGUAGAGUUGGCCGCAGCCUUACCAAAGAGAACAUCGCGGGCGUUAAGGAAAUUCGCUAUGCGACGCUACCGGCCAAAGAAAGAUGGCGCUUUCGACAAGGAGGAGGAUGAGCGACUUGUGAACGCAGUGGCGGAAUACGGUCAACACUGGCAAGACGUCGCCGAUAUCGUGGGUGACCGGACCGCCGAUCAGUGCCGUGACCGGUAUCGACUUAUACUCCAGUAUGGCGACGAUCGUGCGGUCGGACCUUGGAGCCAAGAAGAAGAGGCUACCCUUGUCACGAUUGUACACGAGGUCAUGGAGCAGAUAAGGCAAGCCAAUAUCGACAAAGGUGAUAUCGUAAAUGAGGACAGCGAGGUCCAGAGGAUGAUAAACUGGGAGACAGUGGCUACCAAGAUGAGUUCCAGGAGAAGUCGAAAGCGAUGCAGUGAGAAGUGGACCCAGCUCGUGGCGCGAAAUCAUGGCCAGCUACCAAUAGCGCAAACAGCUACUGCUGCAGCGCAAGCACCAAUUGCUGAGUAUGAUGGCCAUAGCAAGAAGCAGCGAGCUGUCAACAAGAAGUACGACAUGUUCGCUAUCGGCGACGUGUACGAUGUUCUUGAAGAGAUUGCCUCUGCGCUGGAGGACCGCAGUAAGGUUUACAGUCACGAAAGCACUGUAUGGGCCAUCAUCACCAGCAAGAACCAGGAGAGUCGAUUUACUGGGCCAUUGCGGCGUAAGGCCUACCACGAUGCCCUUGAGACGUAUGGGCAGAAAGGUAAGAUAUCCAAGCAGACGACCAUUGCUGGCAAAGCUGCUGCAAUGAUAGCGUAUCUUGACGGGUAUGCCAAGCGCAAGAAGAUAGAGCAAUUCGAAAGAGCAUACAUGCCAGAGAAGAGGAAGCCGAAGGCUAAGCCACAGGCCAGGCCAGCGAUGCCUACUGCUUCGCUACCUGCAUCACCAGUCGUCAGGCAGGCCCCCGAGCGUGUAAAGCCUUCAUCAGGAUUGCGUCGCUCUGAAGCUGCGCCUAGGUCUGGCAGAAACAAACGACCACAAUUCCUCAGUGCGGAAAAAGUGGAGGAUAGUGAUGCAGAAGCCGAGGACGACGAGGUAGUCGACGCUAAACCUGCGCUUCUGGACAACCCUGAUGCAGACUACACGGAGGCCGAACGCAAGAACAUUGACGAGGACAAUGACAUGAACGAAGACAAUGAUAGAGAUGAUGGAGCAGACCAGCAGAUACUGGCGAUCGAUCCACCAGCUCAUGAAAACGCGAAAGUGCCCGUGAUCCCGGAGACCCAGCAAGAGCAGGCUGUAGCCGGUGCUCAAGCUGCCCCGAGUGCCCUAGACGACGCCGUGACCGUCUCGUCGCUCAAUAGUAGGUGGAAUCGUAGAGUGGCUCGGCCUAGCUUGGGCGCAGAUGAAUUCAUGGCGAGGUGUCGACGAGCAGGGAGAAGGCAGCAUGCAGCCUAUACGGCUACCUGA